AUGCCUGUCGCAGAACCAACAGCAGCAGCCAUGGACGUUAGUACCAAGAUUGGCGAUCUUUUGAAGCAGAUCAACACUGCACCCACCAGCGAGGAAUGCGACCAGGCAGCUCGUGAGCUUGCGACGAUCGUAAAGGACGGUGGUCUGAUUUUGCUCAAACAUCAUGGGAUCCUUGACAAGUUGAAUAAGGCAGCACGCAACAAAAAGUCUGGCUUGGAAAGAGAAGGUGGUUUGAUUGGAUUCAAUGCUUUGGCCGAGAUCCUUGGCGAACUUGGUGUCCCAGUCCUCUUAUCGUACCUGGAUUUGUUCUUGGAGUUGUAUGCGGAUAAAGGCAGCGUUGUUCAAGAAGCAGCACAAAUGGCAGCCGAGACAUUGGUGAGCCAUGUGCGUCCUGAAGCUACUCAAGUCUUGUUGCCUCGCUUGUUUGAUGGUAUGGGUGCCAAUGGAUCCAAGAAAUGGCAAACCAAGUUGGGUGCUUUGAAGUUGCUUGACAAGUUUACGGGCCGUGCUGCUGAACAGAUUGGUGAAUGCCUUCCAGAAAUCAUUCCUAUGGUGUCCAAUUGUCUUGCUGAUACAAAGAACGAGGUGGCUGUUCAAGCACAAAAGACCAUGAUGACCGUAUGCUCCGUUGGUGGCAACCCUGAUAUCGCACGCCAUCUCAAGGAUCUUGUGUUGUGUAUGGGUGAUCCCACGCAUGUACCAAACACCAUCGAGAAACUUGCAUGCACCACCUUUGUCGCUGAAGUGAAUGGCCCUACGCUUGCUAUCAUGGUGCCAUUGCUUACUCGUGCAUUGAAUGAACGUUCCACUUUGUUGAUCCGCCAAACGCUCAUCAUUAUCGACAACUUGUGUAAGCUCGUUCGUGACCCACGCACUGCUGCUCAAUUCUUGCCUCAACUCUAUCCUGGUGUCGAUCAUCAAGCUGAAGGUGCUGCUUUCCCAGAGAUUCGUGAAAUUGGUGGCCAAGCUAAAAAGACCCUUUUGGAUGCUGGUGUCAACAGUGAAUCCAAGGAUGAUAACAACAAUGGUGUAUUGACCGUAUCCAUGGAUGAUGCUACCAAGUUUGUGCGUGGUGAAGCUACCAAGAUCCAAGGCUUCCUCGAUUCAUUCUUCAGCCCCUACAUCACCUAUGUUGGUGCUUUGAUCUCUGAUUGGGUGCGUCAAGAGCUCUUCGUCAAGGAUACAUGGACCAAGGGUAUCUCUAUCAGCAUGACGCCUGUGCUUAUGGCAAGAGACAUUCCCAGCAUGUGUGACAAGGUGUUUGAUCACUAUUACAAGUUGUACCAAGAAAGUGGCGGCAAUGUUGAUGAUGGAUUUGAGGAACAAGAAGGCGAGGAGUUGUGCCGCAUUGAAGACUUUUCACUUGCUUAUGGUACUCGUUUGCUAUUGAAUCACACCAAGCUCAAGCUUCAUCGUGGUCAGCGUUAUGGUUUGUGUGGUGAGAAUGGUGCCGGCAAGUCUACUUUGAUGCGAUCCAUUCAUCAAGGCAAGGUUGAAGAGUUCCCCUCUCAAGAUGAAGUCAAGACCGCUUUUGUGGAUUAUGCUGCUCAAGGUGCCGACACCUCGUUGAAUGUUCUCGAUUACACUUGCGAAGACAAGAACCUCUCCAACUUGACUCGUGAGGAAAUCAAGGCUGGUCUUGAAUCUGUUGGCUUUGAUGAUGCCCGUUUGGAAGUCGCUGUGAGCACUUUAUCUGGUGGUUGGAAGAUGAAAUUGGAAUUGGCCCGUGCGGUGCUUUCUAAGGCCGACAUUUUGCUUUUGGACGAACCCACCAAUCACUUGGAUCAGACCAAUGUCAAGUGGCUUGAAGAUUAUCUUGUCAGCCAAACCAAUGUCACGUGUUUGAUUGUAUCCCACGACCCUGGUUUCUUGGAUGCUGUGUGUACCCACAUUUUGCACUAUGACAGAAAAAAGUUGCGCCUAUACCCAGGCAAUCUCUCCAAGUUUGUCGAGAAGUAUCCACCAGCUGCCAAUUAUUAUACCCUCGACUCGUCUUCAGUCAGCUUCUCUUUCCCCAAGCCCACCAUGUUGCAAGGCGUACGCAGCAACACCAAAGCCAUUCUCAAGGCCACCGAUUGUACCUACCAAUAUCCUAGCCGAUCUACUCCUUCGUUGUACAACGCUACCAUCUCACUUUCGUUGUCCUCCCGUGUCUCAGUCAUUGGUCCCAAUGGUGCUGGUAAAUCCACCCUUAUCAAGCUUUUGACUGGUGAAGCUAUUCCUCAAACGGGUGUUGUAUGGCGCCAUCCUGCUUUGCGUAUUGGUUACGUUGCUCAGCACGCAUUCCACCAUCUUGAACAGCAUUUGGAAAGCACUCCUAUGGAAUAUUUGAGAUGGCGUUAUGAGACUGGUGAAGAUAAGGAAGUAUCCAUGAAGGAAACUCGCCAAUGGACCGAGGAUGAGGCCAAGCAAAUGGAAAAGCAUAUCGAAGUGGAUGGACAAAAACGCCAAAUUGAGUGCUUGCUUGGUCGUGCCAAGUUGAAGAAGACCUUCCAAUACGAGAUCAAGUGGCGUGGUAUGCGACACAAGUUCAACACAUGGAUGGGUCGUGAAAAGUUGCUUGAGCUUGGUUUCCAAAAGCUUGUUCAGGAAUUCGAUGACAAGGAAGCAUCCCGUGAAGGUCUUUUGUACCGUGAUUUGACAGUCGAUGCCAUCCGUCAACACUUUAAGGAUAUUGGCUUGGAUCCUGAGAUUGCACAAUACAGCAAGAUUGGUCAGCUUAGUGGUGGUCAAAAGGUCAAGGUUGUCAUUGCUGCUGCUAUGUGGAACAACUCACACAUGUUGGUGCUUGACGAACCUACCAACUUUUUGGAUCGUGAUGCUCUUGGUGGUUUGGCAAAGGCUAUCCAGUCUUGGGAAGGUGCCGUUGUCAUGAUUUCUCACUCGGAAGAAUUUACAUCAGCCUUGUGCCCUGAAACAUGGCGUGUUGAAGGUGGCCACGUGACCAAGGAUGGCAAAUCCGCUGUGGAAGAUGAAGCCCAAGUGGAUGAUGAGAAGGUCAUUGCCAAGAUCAGCAAGAAGAAAAAGAAGACUAGAAAAGAAAUCAAGGAUCAAGAUGCUCGUCGUCGUGCUCGUAAACUCAAAUGGCUCAUUGAAGGUGGUGAACGUGAACCCGACACCGACAGCGACUAG